AUGUCAUACAUUACCUCACUUGAAUCAUUGGGAGAUUCACAAUCACCACCAAAAGAUGGAGAAGAGUGCUUAAAUGUAUUGAAUCCUAUCAUUGAUUUAAAUGCAAAUACUAAUAAAGAACCACUAACAAAUGAAUCAACACCGGCAAAUGAAGUUGUGAAUGAAGAAAAUGUUGAGAGCAGUGACAUUGUUAUUCAAAAGUCCAAGAGGAAGAAAACUUCUCUAGUUUGGGAUCACUUCAAAAAAGUGGAAUUAAAGAAUGGAAAAAAAUGGCAAUGUAUACACUGUAAAAACAAUUAUUCUGUUGUUGCUAGUGGAUCAACCAGUCAUUUGAUGAGGCAUUUAAAACAAACAUGUCAUGUUUACAAGAAGCUAGUAGCACAACAAAAAAAAUUAAACUUUCAGCCAGCAAAAAGCAAGAUUGAUGAGAAGCUUUCUGGACCACUACUAAUGAAUUCAGGAGGUAAAUAUGACCAUGAAAGACAACGAGAAGCCACCGCACAUUGGAUUAUGAUGCAUGAACAUGCAUUUAGUAUUGUUAAGGAAGAAGGUUUUCAUUUUCUGAUGAAGUGUUCUAAUAUUUCAUAUGAGAAAAUUAGUCGGAAGACAUUGAAGAAUGAUUAUAUUGCUGUUUAUGAAGCUGAAAGAAAAAAGUUGAAGUCUACUUUAAGGACAAAACGCAUUCUUAGUUUUGUUCAUGUUCCUCCUCCUCGGCGUGGUGUUGAUAUUGCUGAUGCUAUCUUCAAAUGUCUUAAAGAUUGGGGUAUUGAAAAUAAAAUAUUUAGUGUGUCAGUGGAUAAUGCACAUUACAACGAUAGAUGUUUGAAAGAGUUAAAAGUUCUGAUUUUAAGGCACCGGAAAUUAGUGUUAGAUGGAAAGUUAUUUCAUGUGCGUUGUUGUGCGCAUAUACUAAAUUUGCUUGUUCAAGAUGGUAUUAGGAAAAUAGCAAAAAUAGUUGAAGACGUGCGUGAAAGUGUGAAGUUCAUCAAUCAGUCUGAAGCAAGGUUGCAAACAUUCUCAUAA